AACAAUGGCGGAUUUGAAAGACGAAAGAGGAAACCCAAUCCAUCUAACCGACGAACACGGAAACCCGGUCCAGCUCACUGAUGAGUUCGGUAAUCCCAUGCACAUAACCGGUGUCGCCAGCUCUGCCCCUCAGUACAAGGAGAAUGUUACUGGUAGCAUUCAAGAGAAUCGAACACCAGCAGGAGUCGCUGCAGGCACCGGUGCAGCUGCCACCACGGCCGCAGGAGUCACUACUGGUGAGACUACCACGGAGCAGCAACACCAUGAAUCGCUUGGAGAGCACCUUCGUCGCUCAGGAAGUUCAUCAAGCUCUAGCUCGGAGGAUGAUGGACAAGGAGGAAGGAGAAAGAAGGGCAUUAAAGACAAAAUCAAAGAGAAGUUAAGCAGCGAUAAGCACAAGGAUGAACAAACCCCCAGCACUGCCACAACUACUGGACCCACCACCACCACUGGAGCCGCCGCCACCGACCAACACCAUGAGAAGAAGGGCAUUCUCGAGAAGAUCAAGGAGAAACUCCCCGGCCACCACAACCACCACCACCCGUGAAGACUGAAGUUGUUUUCGAUUUCAUGAAUAAAUCGCUUGCUACCAAUGUAGAUAUGUUUUUUUUUUUUAUCAAUUAUGAAUGUGGUCUAGUAAAACUCUACUUGAUUUCUGGCUCAUUAGUGGUUUCCAGUUUGUGAACUUGUAUCAUGUCGCUGCUUUCAUUUAUAAGAAAAGAUUGCA